UCUGAGCCUCAACAACAUCAAUCUCAUCUUCUCCGUUGCCUCAUCUCCAUUCUCUCUCUUUUCUAGUAUAGGACAGAAAAAAAAAAAAAAUUUCAUGGACAAAGAACAAGAAGAAAUUCAAUUUCUUGGAUUCUUUGGCAUAAUCAAAGAAUCCAUCAAUAUUGUCCCCGCAUGGAGAAAAAUAUUCAGCCAAAUUUCAUUGGCUUUGAUCUUUCCUCUUUCCUUCAUCUAUCUAGCUCAUAUACAAAUUUCUCAAUCUCUCUUCACGAAUAUUGUUCGUGAUGAAUCUAUUCUAGACAGAAUUCCAAGGGGAACUCCAACCUACGAUAAAAUUUCAGACAUACUUUCGUCCGAAUGGACAGUAUUUUUUCUCUUCAAAAUAGGUUAUUUCAUCUUUUUCCUCGUAUUAGCCCUUCUUUCAACAUCAGCUGUUGUUUAUACGAUUGCAUGUAUAUAUACAGCAAAAGAUAUAGCCUUCAAGAAGGUCAUGAGCGUCGUCCCAAAGGUUUGGAAGAGGCUAAUAGUCACAUUCCUAUGGAACUUUGUCAUUAUUUUUGGCUACAAUAUUGUUGCAAUACUUGUUUUCUUUGUCUUCAUGACCCUAAUACCACCUGGGGUGUUUUCAGGAGCAGUUCUUUUCAUCCUUUUUAUGGUAUAUCUGGUAGGAUUUGUGUAUAUUAGUGUUAUUUGGCAUCUGGCUAGUGUGGUUUCUGUUUUAGAAGAAAGUUAUGGCUUGAAUGCCAUGAUCAAGAGCCAAGACCUCAUCAAAGGCAAAGCUGGAAUUUCAAUGGUGAUUUUUGUCAUCUACAACUUUUGCUUCUUUGGUAUUCAGUUGGCGUUUGAAUGGUUUGUUGUUCUUGGAAAUGGGGGUGGCCUUGUCUUGAGAAUUGGCUAUGGAAUGCUCUGCCUUGCAUUGCUGUCCAUGCUGAUCCUCUUUGGGCUCAUUGUUCAGACAAUCAUCUAUUUCAUCUGCAAAUCUUACCAUCAUGAGAACAUUGACAAGUCCUCAUUGGCAGAUCAUCUUGAAGUUUACCUUGGGGAGUAUGUACCAUUGAAGUCAAAGGACGUACAAUUGGAGCAUUUUGAUGUUUGAUUUUUCCUUUUAGAUCCAAAUGUUAUGUUUGAUGAUCACAUAAACUUUCUAUACAUAGUGCUCCCUUUACGGAGGAGAUCACAUCACAUCAGUGUAUUUUGUAUCCAUUCACUUUCCAUAUGGAAUUUGACAGAGAAUACAUCCCUUCUGGGUUUUGUCUU